CCUCUGACUCUGUGGGGGAAAAAAAGCCAUUUUCUGGCGCUGCUGCAAGAUCUAACGUUAACCAACUCAAAAUAAUUUACCUGUAUCCACGUCGGGAGGUACGGGCGCUUUUCAUGUCAAAUCAGAUCCUUCCAGAUGGAUAAAAUGCAACCCAGUCGGCUAAAAAUCACAGAGCUGAAUCCUAACCUGGUAUGCCCACUGUGUGUGGGAUACUUCAUCGAUGCCACAACCAUCGUGGAGUGCUUGCACUCAUUCUGCAAGACGUGCAUUGUUGCCUUCCUGGAAACCAACAAGUUCUGCCCCAGAUGUGAUGUGCAAGUACACAAGACGUGUCCACAGCUCAGCAUCAGGUCAGACAAAACUCUACAGGACAUUGUAUACAAGUUGGUGCCUGGAUUAUUCAAAGAUGAGAUGAAACGAAGGCGGGACUUCUACACAAACCAGGAAAACCAACACCUGGAGCCAGGAGAAGUGGUGGAGGAGCCGACUAUUAUUGCAGAAGAUGAAAUCAUCAGUCUCUCCAUUCAGUUCCAUGAGAAGAACAAAAGUGACACACAACCUGUGGAUACAGAAGGAGACAAUACCAACAGCAAACGCUUCCUGCAAUGCCCGGCAGCCAUGACAGUCCUGCACUUAGCCAAGUUCCUGCGUAGCAAGAUGGACAUUCCAAACACCUUACGGAUUGAAGUGCUGUACGCUGAUGAGCCCUUAAAGGACUACUACACGCUGAUGGAUAUUGCCUACAUGUAUUCUUGGCGACGUAAUGGCCCCCUCCCCCUGCAGUACUGGGUCAAGCCCACCCGGAAGCGUCGAAGGCUGUCCCAAGGUGCGCCAGGCACUCGAACGUGA